GCAAUAAAGAUCGUCAUCAUCACCCCGGUGACCAUGAACCUCACCUUCUACAAGCCCUAACUCGACCGCCUCUGCCGCGCCAGCGUGGACGUGACCGAAAUCUCCCUGACCGUCGGCCCGGCCUCGAUCAAAUCGCGCAUCGACGAAGCUCCUGGCCGAGAAGGCGGGCGCGCACGCGCUGGUCAUCAGCUGCAUGAGCGCCCUCCGCGAGGCGGUCGCGAUCCCCGUCGUGGGCGUCGCGCAGGUCUCCAUGGCGACGGCCGCGACCCUGGCGCACAGCUUCGGGAUCGUGACCGUCCUGAGCCGCAUCGCGUCGAUCCUGCAGACCAACGCGGCGCACUGUGGCUACGAGCGCCAGUAUGUCAGCUGCCGCGCGGUGGAUAUCACCGUGCUAGACGUCCACCGCCGGGUGCGCGAGGUGCAGGACGGUCUGAAUCGGCUGGCGCUGGAGCUGGUGGAGCAAGAGGGCGCCGGCGCGGUCAUCCUAGGCUGUGGUGCGCUGAUGGGCUGCGCGGGCGAGAUCCGCGGGUUUCUCGCGGAGAGAGGCAUGGCUGUGCCGGUGGUUGACCCCUUGCCCACCACCGUCGCCUUUGCCAUCACCUUGGUCGAGCAGGGGCUGAGCCAUAGCAGCGUCAGCUACCCGCCGUGUCAGGUCAAAUCGUACAAAGGGUGUGCCUUGUUGGCGUAUGCCCCCCUGAAGAUUAUUUGUGAUUGCGAUGGCCGAUGA